AUGAAGAAGGGAGCUGCUGGCUAUAAGCCUGAAAACCUCAUUCCAGCUGACAUGCCUAGCACAUGGAGAGCUAUGGAAGCACUUUAUGAUUCUGGGAUGGCUCGAGCUAUUGGUGUUAGCAAUUUCUCUUCAAAGAAACUGGGAGAUUUGCUGGAUGUAGCAAGUGUUUCCCCUGCUGUCAACCAGGUGGAGUGUCAUCCUAUAUGGCAGCAGACCAAGCUACGUGAAUUCUGUAAUUCAAAAGGAGUUCACUUAUCUGGAUGGUCACCAUUGGGUUCCCCUGGUACGUGGAUCAAGGGCAAGGGUGAUGUCCUUAACCAUCCAGUUGUGACUCUGGUUGCAAAGGAAAUGGGAAAGACUCCUGCACAGGUUGCUCUCCGUUGGGGUUUGCAGAUGGGUCAUAGUGUACUUCCUAAGAGUACGCAUGAAGCUCGGAUCAGAGAAAAUUUUGAUGUCUUUGACUGGUCUAUACCUGACGACUUAUUCACCAAGUUCUCCGAAAUUGAGCAGAAAAGACUAGUCAGAGGGGAAUAUUUUGUCCAUCGGACACUCGGCCCAUUCAAGACUGUUGAGGACCUCUGGGAUGGUGAGAUCUAACUAGACACAUGAAUAACUCAUUUAUGUAGAACAUGCAGAUCUUUGCCUACACCAUCAGGUACAUUUUGUUUGUACAAGUUCUGGUGAAAAUUUAUUGUUUGACCUUAGAUGAUUGCAACUAUUCCUCCUCUACUUUUAGUUUUAAUGAGCUCUUUCAGAACUUUCAUUACCUUCAAUUUAGGUGCUUGGUAAAUAUAAUUUUUUUUUUUUUGGGAAACAUCUUAUUUUCCUGUCUCAAUUCUAGUUUCUUGAUUUUGGAAAAAUGUCGAGGAUAGUGGAU